AUGUUGUUCAAGCAAUUGUUGUCAAGAACAACUGUGAAGAGGUUUAAUAUACCAAGAAGACAAACAUUUCAAUUUGUGAAUAUCAAUGCUUUAAGAACAUUUCAUUAUACCCCAAGAAUAUUACAACUCACGGAGGAACAACAAGAAAUACUAGAUCAAGAAAGAGCAAAAGAUUAUGUUGAUGUUUGUAUUGUUGGUGCUGGGCCAGCAGGUUUAUCAACUGCAAUUAAAUUAAAACAAUUGGAUAAUGAAGAAGGAAAUGGAGAUUUGAGAGUCGUUGUUUUAGAAAAAGCGGGUGAUUUCGGUAGUCAUAUAGUUAGUGGUGCAGUUAUUGAACCACAAGCAUUCAAGGAAUUGUUUCCAGAUAGUGAAUUGACUGAAGAAAAUGGAAUUCCUUUACCACUGGAUAUAAUCACUAAAGUUACUUCUGAUCAUAUGAAAUAUUUAACCAAAACUGCAUCAUUCCCAUUACCUGAACCACCGCAAUUAGCUAAUAAGGGUAAGAAUUUCAUUGUUAGUUUAAAUGAAGUUGUCAAAUAUUUGGCUGAGCAAGCCGAAGAAUUGGGUGUUGAAUUGUAUCCGGGUAUUGCUGUUAAUAAAUUGAUUUACAACGAAGAUGAAACCGCAGUUAAUGGGGUUAUCACUCAAGAUAUGGGUAUUGAUAAAGAAGGAGCUCCAAAGGAUAGUUUUGAACCGGGUAUGGAAUUUUAUGCCCGUGUUACAGUUUUAGGUGAAGGUUGUCAUGGAUCUUUAAGUAAGCAGGCUAUUUCUAAGUUCAAUUUAAGAGAAAAUGCUCAACCUCAAACCUAUGGAUUAGGUAUUAAAGAAGUUUGGGAGGUUGAUCCAGAAAAAUUCCAAAAGGGUUAUGUUGGUCACUCAUUGGGAUUCCCAUUGACUUCUAAUGAAUAUGGUGGUGGUUUUAUCUAUCAUUUUGGUGAUGGCUUAGUUGCUGUUGGUUUAGUUAUUGGUUUGGAUUAUGCUAAUCCAUACAUUUCUCCGUAUCAAGAAUUCCAAAAAAUGAAAACUCAUCCAUUUUAUGCUAACGUUUUGAAAGGUGGUAAAUGUAUUUCUUAUGCCGCCAGAGCUUUGAACGAAGGUGGAUAUCAAUCAAUUCCAAAAUUGCAUUUUCCAGGUGGUAUCUUGGUUGGUUGUUCUGCUGGUUUUGUUAAUGUUCCAAAAAUUAAAGGUACUCAUAUUGCUGUUAAAAGUGGUAUGGUUGCUGCUGAAACUAUUUUCUCUACAUUUAAGGAAAUGGAAUUGGAACCAUGUGAUGAAGAAAAUUUCGAGGAAUUGUCUACCCCAAUUGAUUUGAAACAAUAUGAAGAUAAUUUCAAAGAAUCUUGGGGUUAUAAAGAAUUGUACGAAGUUAGAAAUGUUCGUCCUUCAUUCAACACUCCAUUUGGUAUGAUUGGUGGUCUAAUACAUUCUGGUUUGCUGACUAUGAUUACCAGGGGUAAAGAGCCAUGGACAUUGUCCCAUCAUGGUACAGAUGCAAGCUUGACCCAAGAAGCUAAAAACUUUAAACCAAUUGAUUAUCCAAAACCUGACAACGAAUUAACUUUUGAUAUUUUGACAUCUGUUUCUAGAACUGGUACUUAUCAUGAUGAAGAUGAGCCUUGUCAUUUGAAGAUUCCAAACCAAGACACCAGAAAACAUGCUGAGUUGAACUGGGAGAAAUAUAAAGGUGUGGAACAAAGAUUUUGUCCAGCUGGUGUUUACGAAUAUAUUGAAGAUGAACUGGAACCUUUAGGGGUUAAAUUCCAAAUCAAUAGUCAAAAUUGUAUCCACUGUAAAACUUGUGAUAUCAAAGUUCCUUCACAAGAUAUCAAUUGGAGUGUCCCAGAAGGUGGGGACGGUCCAAAGUACUAUAUGUCUUAA